UGGAAUGCAAACAACUGAAGCGCUUAAACUACAGAUGGAGGUCAAAAAGCGACUUCAUGAGCGAUUGGAGGAACAAAUGUGCAGCUGGGCAUUCAGUGUCGGCAAAGGAGACAGUUGAGGUGAUGACAUGUGAUAUUAACGAGGCUAUUUCUUGUGAAAUUUCUGGUAUGAUGAUUUGGUCAUACUGUCGAAUCAUGGGGCAGAGUACACCUUCACGGGCUAAACCAAAACCAGUGGGCGAAGCGAAGCCAGAAGAUAACUCACCGAUAAGAGAGGUGGCCCUCACGGUAUCGACCAUGGAUGGUCCCUCUCUCAUUCUCUUUGAAAUACCAGAAUUGGUAGGUAUCUUCAGGCUUUUAUUAUUUGCAUUUUACGCUGACAUGGGUAGCUCGAGAGAUAUUGCAAUAGGGCCCGUGGCAGUCGUUUCACUUCUUCUAAGAGCUAUGUUGCAAAAUGAGAUUGAACCGGUCAAGAAUGCACAUUAUUACCGUUGGUUGGCUUUCACGACAGCUCUUUUUGCUGGCAUAACACAAGCGACCCUCAGCAUUCUCCAAUGUUUCUUUUUUUCAGGUUUAAACGGUUUAAAAGGGAUUUUGAGUAAUACUUCUUGUCGCAUACGGGCAUAUUUACCAAGAACUCAGAUAUUGUUUAGGUUAUGCCAGUCUGUUUUCAGCUCUGCCCAUCAUGGAAAUUCCCGCACACGCAAGUCGGGGAUAGAGUUGGCAUCUGGUAAACACCUCCCCUCUUCACAAUCUCUCAUUCCAAUUCUCAAAAGGAACAAUUCAGUCACUCACAUAUUCACAGGAAAC